AUGUCCGCGGUAGACUCUCCCAUUACUCCGACCGAUUCCCGCGCCGGGACGACUCAGCCCGAGUCCACAGUCCCCUCUUCGCCCAUGACAGAACUCACGAUUCAAGAGCAGCAAGCGCCCUCAGAGAAAGAUGUUGAUGUUGAUCGAAAUGAAAGCGAUGGAACGGAGCAUACUGGAGAUGAUCGCAAGCAAUCAAAUACAGAUCAGGAUGCAGAAGACACAGAGGGCAUGGACACAAAGGCUAAGGCUUUGAUGCAUUUGCUGAAAACCAGUUCUGUAUUUGUUGCCAUCAUGUCCGAAAAAAUGAAGAAGCAGCAAGAAGAAGCCCGACAACAGGCUGCGAGACAGAAGAAAACAACAGCAGAACAGAAAGCCGAGCCCAGUGCUGCGGCUACCAACCGCCGUGCGACAAGAACUAGGGUCAAGGAGGAGGCUGCUGCAGAGGAAGCAUCCACCGGUGCCGACUCGGGCACUGGAAAGAAAAGAGGUCGCCCACGCAAGACCGGGUCGAACGGAAAUACCAUCUCCAGCUACUUUAAGAAAGCAGACGUGGAGGUCACCGAGGAUAACCCAACUGUUCAAGAGGCACUCGAGCAAGCUGCUGAAGAUUAUGAAGCCAAUCCUACGGCCCUGGGUGGACAAGAACUUGUCGCUACCCAACAGCCUGCCUUGGUAACGGGUGGAAAGAUGCGCACAUACCAGCUCGAAGGUCUAGAGUGGAUGAAAACUCUGUGGUUGAACGGUCUGUGUGGUAUUCUUGCAGAUGAAAUGGGACUCGGAAAGACUGUUCAAGCUAUUUCCAUGCUCGCCUUUAUGAAAGAGAACAAUGUUUCUGGUCCUUACUUAAUUGCAGCACCCCUGAGCACCUUGAGCAACUGGAUCGACGAAUUUAAACGAUGGACACCAGAUAUUGAAACUGUGCUCUAUCACGGGACCAAGGAGGACCGCGCGAAUAUCCGCAGCAAACAAAUGAAGCUGCGGGACCAAGGGAAAAUGGAUUUCCCUAUCGUUUGUACUUCGUACGACAUUUGCAUAAAUGAUGCGAGCUUCCUCAGACAAUACAAGUGGCGUUAUAUUGUUGUGGAUGAGGGUCAUCGCCUGAAGAACAUGAAUUGCCGCUUGAUUAAGGAGUUGAUGAGCUACGACUCUGCGAACCGACUAUUGAUCACUGGCACACCUUUACAAAACAAUAUCUCUGAAUUGUGGUCAUUGCUGCACUUUUUGUUGCCGGAAAUUUUCAAUGAUUUGAAAAGCUUCGAGAAUUGGUUUGAUUUCUCAUCUGUUUUGGAUGACUCUGGAAAAGCAGAAGUGAUCGAACGCCGAAAGCGCAAUUUGGUAACCACCAUGCAUUCUAUUCUCAAACCCUUCCUUCUGCGCCGUGUCAAGACCGAUGUGGAAACUUCCUUGCCUAAGAAACGAGAGUACAUUUUGUAUGCUCCACUCACCGCGGAGCAGAAAGAACUAUAUCGAGAGAUUCUUAAUGGCACCGGGCGCCAGUACCUCGAAUCUAAAGCCCUCGAACGUCUGACUUCUAAGAAUCCCACGCCCACCCGUUCCCAAAGCUUGAAGCGUCGUCGGGAAAGUGAUGAAUCGGAAACACCGAAUAAAAGCCAGAGAACUACCCGGAAUGGCACUCCAGUCAAUGGUUCGGGUCCAGGCAGACGUCGCCGAGCCCCUCCGAGCUACAAGGAGAUCGGAGAUCGGGCGUUUAAUGCCAAGCUUCGUAUGCUGGAGCAAGGGGUGGAGGAAGAGGAGGAACAGUCUUUCGAGCCGAGCGAUACCGAGCUAGAAGAGAUCGAAAGAGCUAACAAUCUGAAGCUUGCCAAAAAAGAGAUUAGCCAGAAGAAAAUGCAGAACCCUGUUUUGCAAGCUCGUCUUGCGUGCAAUUCGCCUCAUAACUUCUAUUGGCCCUGGGUGGACGAAGCUUCCCCUGUGGACGAGUCACUCGUGUCAGCAUCGGGCAAGAUGUUGCUGCUAGACCGUCUUAUUCCCUGCCUCCUGAAAAGAGGUCACAAGAUCCUUAUUUUUUCGCAAUUUAAAACGCAGCUUGAUAUCAUUGAAGACUGGGCGACCCAACUACGUGGUUGGCCCUGCUGCCGAAUCGACGGUGCAAUUGCCCAAGCAGACCGACAGGCUCAAAUUAAAGCCUUUAACAAGGACAAGAAACACAAGAUUUUUUUGUUGAGCACCCGGGCUGGCGGUCAAGGUAUCAAUCUUACUGCAGCAGAUACGGUCAUUCUCUUUGACUCGGACUGGAAUCCGCAGCAGGAUUUACAGGCGCAGGAUCGAGCGCAUCGUAUUGGACAAACCAAGCCUGUGAUUGUCUAUCGUCUUGCAACAAAGGGCACCGUUGAACAGACUCUACUCGAAAAGGCAGACUCCAAGCGCCGCCUCGAACGCCUUGUUAUCCAAAAAGGGAAAUUUAAAUCAUUACUGGAUACUACCAACGCCCAAGAUGUUGAGGAGCUCCGCAAGGUUCUCGGUGAAGAUGAGUUUGAACGCUUCGAGACUGGAGCCGACCCUGCUUCAAUUCUGUCCGAUAAAGAGCUUGAAAUUCUAACAGAUCGAAGCGAGGAAGCCUAUGCCCGCGCUGAGAAGGGUCUUGAUCAAAGUGGCGCUGCAUUUGUUGCUGUUGAAACCAAGCGUGAUGCUGGAGAGAGUCUUAUGUCUUGA